CCAAAGCAAAACAACGUGUUGAGACUUGAUUCUUCAACAAAGAGCAUUUGAAUCUUCUUUAGUGCAGAAGCCUGAGGGAUAAACGAUCAUUUUGAAAAUAAAGUUGAAGUGAAGAAAAUCGUGGAAAUGUCUGCCGUCGCUACAACAGCUACAGAAUCUCUGGCUGAUGAAACAGCGGAUGUUUCUCAUCUCCAGGCGAAGCUCAUUACAUCACUGGAGGGUGCUGGAAUAACAUCAGGUGACAUCGCAAAGCUGAAGGAAGCCGGUUAUUACACCGUUGAGUCAGUGGCCUACUCCCCGAAGAAGGCCCUCCUGGCAAUCAAAGGAAUCAGCGAGGCAAAAGCCGACAAAAUCCUGCAGGAAGCUUCUAAACUAGUCGUCAUGGGUUUCAAGAGUGCUACAGAGUUGAAUCUAGUUCGUCAAAACAUCGUGUACAUUUCAACAGGUUCAACCGAGCUAGAUCGGCUCCUGGGUGGUGGAAUCGAGACAGGAUCCAUCACCGAGAUCUUCGGUGAAUUUAGGACAGGAAAAACUCAAUUGGUCCACAGUCUCGCUGUAAACUGUCAAUUGCCAAUUGAAAUGGGUGGAGCUGAAGGAAAAUGUCUGUACAUCGACACCGAGGGGACCUUCAGGCCCGAGAGACUCAGUGCUAUUGCCCAGAAGUACAAUAUCCCAGGGGAAAAUGUCCUGGACAACGUGGCAUGCGCGCGUGCCUACAACACAGAUCAUCAGAGCCAAUUGCUCAUUCAGGCCAGUGCCAUGAUGACAGAGUCUCGUUAUGCACUUCUGAUUGUUGACAGUGCAAUGGCACUUUACAGAACUGAUUUUUCAGGACGAGGGGAACUCUCUGCAAGACAGAUGCAUCUAGCUAGAUUCCUCAGGAUGCUCCUGAGAAUUGCUGAUGAACAUGGCGUGGCUGUUGUCAUCACUAAUCAAGUAGUGGCACAAGUCGAUGGAGCUGCCAGUAUGUUUGGGGGAGAUCAGAAAAAACCUAUCGGUGGAAAUAUCAUUGCACAUGCCAGCACCACGAGGCUCUACCUCAGGAAGGGCAGGGGAGAGACUAGAAUAUGCAAAAUUUAUGAUUCACCAUGUCUCCCAGAGAGUGAAGCUAUGUUCGCCAUUCUUCCUGAUGGAAUUGGAGAUGUCAAGGAAUAAAGUCCGCGAAUUUUGAUAAUUUUGUGGUGGUAACUGUUAAUUAUAAUAUGACUAUUUAAUUUAUCAAAUCUGCAUUCAUGUGCUAAUCGAGUUGAGUCGACUUAUCAUAGUUUUUCCAAAAUAUCUCCGGAAUUUGAGGAGAUAACCAAAUUUUUGUAAUAAUCUUUUUUGCAGCUGUCAAUUAGAUCUGCAAAAAAGAUUUUUGUGAAUUUAUCUAUCUGUUUUCAUUUCGGAGAUAUCUUCUAAAAACCCAUCGAAGAGGUCACACCUUUUCCACUUAAUUGCAGAAUUAUGUUAAAUUAAAAAUUAAAUGUUACUCUAAUGACUCGAGACCAACUAAUUUAUAAAUUCCACUCAUCUCUCCUCUUUUCUGAGACAUUUAUCUGCAAUUCGAUUUGAGCUAAAGGCUCUCAUUGCGGUUGCAGAAAAUAAAAUAAUUUGAAAUCCCAUGAAAUGAUUAUAAAUCGUUAAAAAAUUGAAUAAUAUAAUGAUAAUAGUAUAAAUAAACUG